AUUUUCUUCUGAUCACUCACUCUCAGUCUUUCUCUCUCUCUCUCUCUUGAUAGCUUAUCUCUCUUGUUUAUUGCUUUCUCUAAUGAGAAAAGAAAUAUAAAAUUUUCAAAACUUCAAUACCCUAGUUAAACUCUUGUUAGAGACAUUAUGACGGCCGUUUCUACGGAAGAUCUCGCCAUAAGGAUAGAUACUUUAACUAACACAGUAAAUCGAUUAUCGCAGAAUCUUGAAGACUCAACUUUAAGCAAAAAGCUCAAGGUUAGUAAGAAACCUGACGGGGAUUCGGAUUCGAAUAGCAUCACGUUUGGUGAAGAUGAAAAUGAAGAGAGAGGUAAUUGGUCGGGCAGAUUGGAUUUUCUCCUAUCUUGUUUAGGAUAUGCUGUUGGUUUGGGAAAUGUUUGGAGAUUUCCAUACAAGUGUUAUCAGAAUGGUGGAGGUGCUUUUUUCAUCCCAUAUGUUAUAAUGCUUAUCUUUGUUGGAAUGCCUAUUUUCUUCCUGGAACUAUCCCUCGGUCAAUUUUCGAGUAAUGGUCCACUAACUUGUUGGAAAUAUUCACCAAUGUUUACAGGGGUUGGUUGGGGAAUGGUUAUCGUUUCUGGUUUUGUUGGUAUCUACUAUAAUAUGAUAAUAGCAUGGUCGAUUUAUUAUCUCGUUGCCUCUUUCACAAAAUUACCAGGCUUACCCUGGGAUAACUGCGAGCAGGAGUGGAAUUCUGAAAAUUGUUUUGAGGAGUUAAAAACAUGCAACGGAAGUGAAUAUUAUAAAAAUCCCAAUGGAACUUGUUACAAGACUAUAAAUGGUACGCAGAAGAGAAACGGGUUUUGGAAUCUCACUGCCGCUGAGGCUGCUGGUAUAAAGAAGCGCUUUGCCAGUGAAGAAUACUACUAUAAUAAAGUGUUGGAUAUAAGCGACGGAGUAGAUAAUUUAGGUGGUCUGAAAUGGGAAUUAGCACUAUGCCUCCUAGGAGCCUGGGUCAUAGUUUUUCUUUGUCUAUGCAAAGGAGUAAAAUCAUCUGGAAAGGUCGUCUACUUUACGGCUCUUUUCCCGUACGCAGUACUAGUAAUACUUUUUAUAAGAGGUAUGACUUUGGAAGGUAUGAAGGAGGGUAUAAAAUUCUAUUUAACACCUGAUUGGGAUAAGCUAAAAAAGGCAAAAGUAUGGAAUGAUGCCGCUAAUCAAAUAUUUUUUUCUUUAUCCGCGUCUUGGGGAGGACUGAUAACGUUAUCCAGCUACAAUCGAUUUAGGAAUAAUUUACUCAAGGAUACUCUUAUUGUAUCUGUUGGAAAUUGUUUAACAAGUGUUUUUGCUGGUUUUGUAAUCUUCUCCUUCCUUGGCUAUAUGGCUCAUAAGGUGGAUACUGAUAUUGACAAAGUGGUUGAUGGUGGAACUGGAUUAGCUUUUGUUGUCUAUCCAUUCGCUGUUACCCAAAUGCCUGGUCCACCAGUAUGGGCUAUAUUAUUCUUCCUUAUGCUAUUAACAUUAGGUCUAGACUCGCAAUUCGCCUUACUUGAAACAGUUACGACAGCAGUAAUGGAUAGAUGGCCUGACAAAUUUGACCGGAAGCGUAAAACGUAUAUCAUUUUAGCUGUUUGCGUGCUUUUCUAUCUAAUUGGUUUAUUUUUAUGCACAAAUGUAAGUUUUAGAGUGGAGUUGUUGACUCCGCUCCGCCCACAUGAUAUAUUUAUAUUGUUCUUAUCUUCAAUCUUGAUCAUAAAAUAGGGUGGAGCCUAUAUUCUGGAGCUCAUGGACGCAUAUGCAGGAGGUUGGGCAGUUAUAAUAAUAGGCUUAUGCGAGACAAUAUCAUUAACAUUUAUAUAUGGAUGGUCACACUUUUCCAAUGAUAUUUCGGCAAUGUUAGGUAAAAAGCCAUGGAUAUGGUGGAGGCUUUGUUGGUCUUUUAUGACACCUGCAAUUUUACUUUUUGUCCUGUUCUUCUCCUGGAUUGAUUAUAGCCCUGCAAAAUUUGGAGACUACGAAUAUCCCAAAUAUGCCGAGGUUAUAGGCUUUUGCAUCACUGUAGUUGUUGUCAUACCAAUUCCUGUGUAUGCCAUCUGGCGAGUUUUAAGAUCGAAUGGUAGCUGCUUAGAAAAGUUAAGAGAGGCCGCCUCGCCAACCGAAGUUUGGGGUCCGGCCUUGAACAAGCAUAGACUAUUAGCCGGCUACGAUCCCCUUCCGGAGAAAGAAAAAGCACCGGAUACUGGCAAAGAUAUGAAGGGAAGUGGAGUGGACAAUUAUGCAUUUGGAAAUUAAACGAAAAGAAUCAAAAUAUAAGAAACCUGAAGCAUACAUUUACAUUAAUCAAUAUAUUUUUAAUACAAAUAUAUAUAUUUACCAAUUAGACUACAACACAUAACAAUAGAUUAUGACUAAUUUCUGAUUGUCAUACAGUUAUAUAAUUUUUUCUUUCCUUUUAUUAUUUUCAUAUUUUAAAGCUUUUUCUAACAUAACGAGCUAUGCGAUUUUCAC